AUGGAAAUUGAUGGUAAUACCCUUAUAUUUAUCAUCAUCAUCCUCUUUUUGUUUUUCUCUUCUCCAGGUGGUGAUGGUGUAUCAUCUCAGUAUGAAUACAAUCAACUACAAACGUUAAAGUCAAUAUACCAAAACGAAUUUGACACAUUUAAAAACUUAACGAGUACCACAAAUUUUAGAAAUAUAACAGGAUUGAAAUUAAGUUAUGAAGAUGUCCAAGGCAAUCCUGACCUAAAUGCAACCUAUCCACUUAAGGGAAAGGUAUACGAUCAUUGGUUUACCAACCAAACUUUUCAAUUACUGCCUGAUGAAGUGAUGAAUAUGAUAAAUACUGAUAUCUGGAACCUUCCUUACAAUUCAAAAAAUCUAUUCCCGCCUAAUAUUACUAGUACAGUGAUGGGCUCUAUCAAACUUCAUUCCAAUAAUAAAUAUGAAAAGAUAAACAUGCCAGUACCGAGAUUUUAUGAGCCUCCAAAGGACUUUUCAGAUAAUACACCACCAUGGGGUGAAACGUAUGUCACUGAAUGGCCUAGCUAUGGAGAAUUACAUAACGUCACUUUCGAUAGUGGUGAGCUAAACAUUCAAAUAUCACAUAUUGAUAAAGUUACAAGACAAAUAAACUCAAACAAAAAGUAUAAAUUCAAUAAAGAAGAUGAGAAUUGGAAAUUAUUAAGCCUUAAAAUAGAUUUUUUUGACAAAGCUGAAAAUGAAAAACAUUCAAUAAAUUCACUAGCAAUUUACGAUAUCAGAAGAGGGAGAAUCCUGUCAAUGACUCAAAGUGCCAAGUUUCAUUCAAUAUUUGCAUUACCUCACUACUUGAAUUUUGAAAAUAACGAUGAAAAUAAUAACGAUACUGAACUAAUAUUCAACGAAUCCAAACAACUACUAAUCGAUUAUUGGAACGCCUCAAACUAUAUCGAUACUUUAACUAUGGGGAACUUGGAAGGUGCAUAUGAUAAUGCAUAUUUCAAAUGUGAGUUUAUGACGUUUCUACAGCUAGAGCCCUGGAAUCAGUACACAAAGGAACAAUUAAAACUAGUCAAUGAAGAGCUAAAUUGGCCCUUGGGAAGGCCUGCUAAUUUGUCUGUUGUACCUCCAGUCAAAAUUACAAAAGGCUUACUGUACUCACCGGAUUGUGGUGUUCUACUGAACAUGGAAAAUGUUAAGGGGCCAAGAUAUGAGCUGAAACUGAGGACCAUUAGAACACACUUGUUAGCAGGAGUAGUGUUAAUUGCUACUGAAAUUUACCUACUUUUGCGCCAAAUGCAGCACACAAAUACGCCCUCCAGUGUUAACAAAAUUUCAUUCUACUGCUUUUCGAUGAUGAAUCUGGUUGAUGGGUCCUUAGCCACGCUCUAUUUCAUUGCAUCAAGUGUUAUACCAGAACUUUAUUUGCCACUGGUUAUUAGUGCGUUUGCGUCAUUUAUACUCGCAUCGAUUUUUGAAACACGCUAUCUGAUAUCAAUAUACGCAUCCCAAAUUAAUGAACAAUACGUUGGUGUUUUAACUUUAUUACGGGGCUCAACUGCUGAAAAUGACGAGGAACGUCCAGUAGUGAUACCAGAUGAAGCAUCGAUUAGCAGUUCAUUGUAUGGAAGAUUUUUCUUCAUGUUGAUAAUUUUUACCUUUUUAAUUCUAAGUUCAACUUCGUGGCCACGUCAAAUUAGAAUGAUAUUUGAAUACAGCGCCAUUUUCAUUCUCAAUUCCUAUUGGAUUCCGCAAAUCUUUAGAAAUGCCGUCAAAGGCAUACCUUCCAGACGUAGGAGAAGAAGAGAUAGUAACACUGUGAUGACAAGGAGGCAAAACAAAACUCCAUUACUAUGGAAGUUUAUCAUUGGAACAACGAUAAUAAGGGCGCUUCCUGUAAUUUACGUGUUUACAUAUUCUUCAAACGUUUUUAGACAUCAUAAGGAUGUGAGAUUUGCAGUAUUAUUAUCACUAUGGCUCUUGUUCCAAAUCACAAUGUUAUACACACAAGACAUUUUAGGCUCAAGGUGGUUUUUACCAAGGCAUGCAAUACCGGAAGGCUACUCUUACUUCAAAGCUAUAUCAUCCCAGCAUUUGAUGGAACACGGGCAAACAAGCGAAGUGAAUACAGUAGAUUGCUCAAUUUGUAUGUCUGAAAUCCCUGUUUAUGUAGAAGAGCUUCCAGAAACCCACAAAGUUGAUCAACAUAGUUAUAUGGUUACACCAUGCAAUCACAUCUUCCACACCUCUUGUCUGGAGAAUUGGAUGAGCUAUAAGUUACAAUGUCCUGUAUGUAGAGCACCUUUACCACCACUUUAG